AGGAAUUGAUCCAUCGUUAUCCUUCGUUAAAGGUUAUUCAUGACCAAUUUGGAAGUAUGAAUAAUUAUAAAUCGUAUGCGAGGGAAAUUAUCGAAGUCCGUCAUCGCUUAGCUCAUUUUGAUGGAAAGGACUCUCUUACCGAAACUGAUAUAAAAAAAAUGAUGAUGACAGAAGACGAAUUUAAAUUAUUUAAAGUCUUGACAAAUUUAAAACAAAAGGAAAGACCAUUAAUAAGAGCUCAGAGUAAUAUCGCGAAUACAACAAAAAAAUCUUUAGGAAAAGCUUCUACAAUUUCGUCUACUCCUUUUACCGCAUCGACAACAACAGAUGAUCAAUCUUCUAAACAAGAACAACGUUUAACUAGAAGUGGAAGAAAAGUAGCAGAUUACAAUGAACAAACUUCUGACUCAUCCGAAUAUUCUUUAGAUAUUAACGAUGACGAUAAUAUAAAGGAAUUUACCAUCGCGACCUCCAAAUCGACUAAUCGAAAGAACGUUGAAGCAUCUUAUGAAGAUUUCGUCAAUACCUUAAACUUUGAUAAUUCUCCUGAUGAACAAGAGAGUCUACAAAAACGUCUUGGAUUUCCCAUUUUUACAAAGAAAUUUCUCAAUUAUGAUCAAAGUAAACGUACUCAACAACGUAAACUUGAAAAAGAAAACAAAACAACUUCAAUGGAAAUCGAUAAUCUUCGUGAAAAAAUCCAAAAGAUUAAAUCAAAAAAUGAAGUCGUUACAAAAGAAUCUAACGAAAAACAAGAAUUAAAUAAUGAAUUAAGGGAUUAUAUUGAAAAGAUCAAAUCAUCGUUAUUUCGAUUAGAAAAGGAAAUUGGACCUACAGUGAUGUCUUCUUCCGUUAAAUUGGACGAUACCGAAAAUAUGGAUAUUUAUGUUAACGAAUUUAGGAAACGAAUUGUCGGUGGUUGUCUUUUGCAACCCGAAUAA